AAACCACACUGUGGUUGUACUUCUUUUAGAAACACGUGCAGGGCGUUUCCACUGAUUUUUCUUAUUUAUUCUGUACUGCUCGGGGUAUGCUUUAGACAUAUUUUAAAGUUGAACGUAAAAUCUGCGUUAUCAUCCUGUUUGGAUGCUUUCAACAGCACGUACUGCACUUCGUUGUAGUGCAAUUUAAGAUGAAAGAAUCCAAAUAUAUUUAAGGGAAGAAUAUAAUACAGCAGAUUUUUCCAUAAAAAGCUAUUUUCCCAGGUCGUAUAUACUGCGCAGGAGUGUUGAACAGCUGCUCUCAGUCUGUCAGUUGAAUCGCUUGGGCUGGUUCACACGGUUUAGGUGCCACCAUGCUGUCAAAAGUACAACCUUGCUUCCAGCUUCUGAGGAUAGGCUCCUCCUCCUUGUCGACUGCCGCUGACCCUGCCCAAGAUCUGUACACGUUCAGGCCUGCCCUGCCCCGCUCGGUAUUCCGCUUGGGGCGGAAGCCCGAGCUCUGCGACGUGACGCUGGAGUCUACGGUCAUCUCCAGGGUCCACGCUGAGCUUCUCGCAGAGAGGGAAGAUGGUGGGGAUGAGGAGGGAUGGAGGGUCCACAUUAAGGACCGCAGCACUUAUGGCACCUGGGUGAACGAACUUCGGCUACAGGCGGGUGUCCAGUGGGAGUUGUCGGAUGGCGACACCCUGACUUUUGGAGGUCAAUCGGACUCUGGAAGCCCUGAGUUCUACUUCCUCUUUCAGAAAGUAAUGCUUCCUCCUUCUGAAUUUGAUGCUAUUACUGUGCCAAAGGCCAGCUCCUUCACUUCUGACAUUCAGGAUCGAAUCAGAACCAGCCUGGACGCUAAACCUCAACCAAAAUUAGGCCUUUCAUCAAUGUCAAUAAAAAGAGCAACUGUAAUUCUCAAUUCCAUUGGGAGUAUAAGCAAAAUGAAUGGGAGUUGCUGGACCUUCAAGAGGACUGAUGAUGAUUUGCAUCCUCAAUCUGGCUCCCUGACUCCCCCUUUCUUGGUUUCUCCUUCUACUCCACCAUCCGUUCCCCCGGCCACUGUUUCGACCUCCAAGUCUGUGCCCCCCUCCUCCAAAAGCAGGCGCAAAUCUGCGCACACUGUGUUACUGGAGGAUGACAGUUCAGACGAAAUGACGGAUGUUGGCGGGACAGGUGACGGAAGAAGAAAGAAUGGGAGUAAGAGGAGGAGGCUUUGCAAGUCAGAAUGUGAAGUGUUUCACCCCCCUGCGUACCAGGAAGAGCAGUGUAGCAGUGAACGCCUUGAAUUUAGAUCUGAAUCCAGGAAUCCAAAUGGAUACAGCCUUUCGCCGCACUCCAGAGGAAAGCUGACGCAGCUAUUUGCCGUUUCAGGCCAAAGACAAGGCUUAAGUUUGAGUCUGAGAAUGGAUCCAAAUGAUGGUAUUUCAGCUUAUGGUCUCCGCAAAGAAGCGUUUGCUUCAUCUCCUUCCUCCCGAGGAAGGAGGAGGGCCCUCAGUUCUCCUGCUUAUUCCUCGCUCGUGGUCAGAGGGCAGAGUAGCAACCUGGUUUCUCAACCAUCAAGACUGUCUGACGGAGACAGGGAAUUUCCAGGUGUUCAUGUCAGUAGUGGCAAACGUCGAGGAAGGCCAAGAAAGCAUCCUAUCAUCCCUCAGCCACCAUUGGGCUCACCUUUCCACUCCUUGUCUGGUGCUGUGGAGGGGGAACGGGCCCGAGUGGAGGAACCCUGUGCAUCAACAAGCUGCCGCCUGCCCCAGCAGGACACAGUACAGUGGAUCCAAUGUGACGACUGUGAUGCAUGGUACCACAUCGACUGCGUUCAGCUGGACACGGGUGCUUUUGCUCUGGACACCAGCGCGGACUUUCACUGUGGCUGUCGAUGAGACUGCCGAGAGGAUCAUUUGGGGUAUGAGGACUGAGGUGUAGGGACGUCUUUGCUGCCAUGUAUGCCAAAUGACUGACCGUGUCUAAGAGACUGAGUGACCCAGUGUGACGCACAGAA